AUCAUAAGUUUGUUAGAUAGCCAUGAGUCUGUAGGAGACAAGGCUAGGAAAGUAAGCCCACGCUUUGGUGAAGAUUUUUACGAAACGAAAAUAAAUAGUGUCAAGUGCCAGCAAAAGCCAACUAGUUAUUUUUUGUAUGAGUUUGCCAGUAAAGUAACAUGUCUGGAAGUGGACCAACUUCAUCUAGUAUGCCAACACCAGUAGUACCAUCAGGAUCCUUCACAUCAGCAUUGCCGCCAUAUGCAAUGCCACCUCCAGGUUUCAUACCACCAACUCCAGGAAUUCCUCCACCGUUUGGAGUAGCUAUGCCAAGCAUGGCACCUCCUUCUGUAUUUGGUGUUUCACCUUUUGGUGCUCCAUCAGUCCCACCGUCAGGUUUUUUCCCUCAUGGUAUCCCAGCACAAGGAACUGUUGAGGGUGGAGAAAGCAAACAAACUUGGACCGAACACAAAGCACCAGAUGGGAGGACCUACUAUUAUAACAAUUUUACAAAACAAAGCUUGUGGGACAAACCAGAUGAACUUAAGACAGCUGCUGAGAUAAUGCUUUCACAAUGUCCCUGGAAAGAGUACAAAACAGAGGAUGGGAAAAUCUAUUACCACAAUGUCUCUACCAAAGAAUCAAGUUGGACUGUUCCACCUGAACUUGGAGAGCUAAAAAAUAAAAUUGCAUCAGAAGAGACAACUAAAACCACAGCAAAUGGCCAAGCAGUAGGUGAUACUUUGGUGCCUGCAAUACAAACUAGCACAGCAACACUCACAAUUUCCCAAUCAGUUGUGACCAACACGGAAAGCUCGGCAACUCCCGUCCGUGCUCCUAUCUCAGCCCUUGAUCAAGCGAUGGCGGCAACCUUAGCUGCAAUAACAGUGCCAUCUCCACAAACUGAAGAUAGCAUGGAUGCCAAACCUAGUCCUACCAGCGACAGCAGAACGAGUACACCUGAACCAAAAACAACAUUCAAGGACAAAAGGGAAGCACUAGAGGCAUUCAAAGAUCUUCUGAGAGAAAAAAAUGUACCAAGUAACGCCAGUUGGGAUCAAGCGUUAAAGUACAUACAACGAGACCCUCGGUUAGCUGCAUUGGGAAAGUUGACAGAGCGGAAGCAGGCGUUCCACGCGUACAAAACACAAAAACAGAAGGAAGAGAAAGAAGAACAAAGGCUGAAAGCAAAAAAAGCAAAAGAAGAUUUAGAAGCUUUUCUUCUAAUAGAUUCAAGCAUCAAUUCAAGUACGAAGUAUUUUCGCUGCGAAGAAAUCUAUGGGAACCUCGAGGUAUGGAAAAACGUUCCAGAAGGCGAGCGUCGAGAUAUUUAUGAAGAUGCCAUUUUUCAUUUGAGUAAAAGAGAAAAAGAAGAAGAAAAAGCCUUGCGUAAACGUAAUAUGAAAAAUUUAACCCGAGUGUUAGAUUCUAUCACCGAUAUUACCCAUAGAACGGCAUGGACUGAGGCGCAGCAACUUCUGCUUGAUAACCCUAGCUUUGCUGAAGAUAAUGACCUAUUAGCCAUGGAUAAAGAAGAUGCUUUGGUGGUUUUCGAACAACAUAUCCGUGAAUUAGAGCAUGAAGAGGAAGAAGAAAGAGAGAGAGGGAAGCGAAGAAUUAAACGACUGCAACGUAAAAAUCGGGACUCUUUCCUGAAUCUGCUUGACGAACUGCACGAAAAUGGAAAACUGACCUCCAUGUCUUUAUGGGUAGAGCUUUAUCCUAUUAUAAGCACCGACCUGCGAUUCUCUGCCAUGCUGGGACAGCCAGGUUCAAAUCCACUAGAUUUAUUUAAAUUUUAUAUAGAAGAUUUGAAAUCGCGAUUUCAUGACGAGAAAAAAAUCAUCAAGGAGAUUCUCAAACAAAAAUUGUUUGAAGUUGAUAUCAAAACAACGUUUGAAGACUUUGCUACAGUAGUGUGCGACGAUAAACGGUCAUUGACUCUGGAUGGCGGCAAUGUCAAAUUAACGUACAACGCCUUACUUGAAAAGGCUGAAGUCCGAGAAAAAGAGAGGCUGAAGGACGACAACCGGCGAUCCAAAAAAUUGGAAAAUGCGUUUCGAAACCUUUUGAGGGCCAAAGAAGUGGAUCAUUUAGCUACAUGGGAAACCUCAUUACCAAAACUUGAAGGAGAUUCUGCGUUUGAGGCGAUCAUUGCUGAAUCCGACCGCAUUCGGAUUUUUAAGGAUUAUCAACGUGACAUGGAAGAGACUUGUGGCCAUCACCAUUCAAGGUCAAAGAAGAAUAAAAAGAAAGAAAAAAAACAAAAGAGGCGAUCGUCAUCGUCUAGAUCACCAUCUACCGCUAGGUCGGAAUCGAGAUCUAAAUCACGGUCGAAAUCUCCCUCCCGUUCCAAAUCCGAAGAAAACGACUUAAAGCUGAUCGAGGAAGAAUUAUUACCGUUCUCUCACAAAAAGAACAAAAAAAAGAAGAGCAAAAAGAAGAAGGAACGUAGUCGUUCGCCGUCAUCGGAUUCCGAAGAGAAUCGUGCAAAAGAAAAGAAAAAAGACAAAGACAGAAAAAAUAGAGGUGACAAUUGCAAUGACAAGAAGAGUAAAGAAGACGGCGAAUGGAGCGAGGAUGAACUGGAAAGAAGAAGGAGACUGCUUUUGGAACAGUUGGCAGAAGAGCAUCAAUGAUCGUGACCCACCUUCACCAUAUUCCUGGUUGUAAUUCUGUUUUUGGGUUCAUUUUCCUACCUGAGUUCUCAUUAAAGUUCGAAAUAAAGCGACUCGUUCCAUCA